UGUCGUUGUGACGUCAUACUGCUGCUGCGCGCUCCCGCGUCUGUGACUCGGCUGAUAAAAGGACAAAGUGUUCAAACAGACAGAAAAAACUCUCGGAUUAACUGAGAUCCACGUGACACACGACAAUAAAGAUGGCAUUUAUUAAAGAGGAGAGCAAGGACAUGAAGAUUGAAGAAAGAUUCAGUGUCUCACAUGAAGAAACUGAGGAACAAACAAAGAUGGAGUUUAUUAAAGAAGAGAGUGAAGACAUGAAGAUUGAAGAAACAUUCAGUGCCAAACAUGAAGAUACUGAGGAAAAAACUAAGAUGGCGUUUAUUAAAGAGGAGAGUGAAGACAUUAGGAUUGAAGAAACAUUCAGAGCCAAACAUGAAGAAACUGGGGAACAAACAGAGGAGAAUGAAGAACUGAAUGAAACCGAAGACAAAGAUCAAAAUGAGAAUCAGCAUGAUUUCAAAACGGAAGAAAAAUCUAUUGGUUGCUCACAAAAUGAAAAGAAUGCACCGCCAAAAAAAUAUACAAAAAUGCAAAUGACAACCCUCAAUUCCAAGAUGAGAAUUCACACUGGAGAAAAACCUUUCACCUGCCAACAGUGUGGAGUAAUUUUCAAAAGUAAAGAUACCCUGAAAGACCACAUGAAAAUUCACAUCGUAAAGAAACUGUUAAUAUGCUGCCAGUGUGGAAAUAGUUGUACACGGGAAAGUCACCUUAAUAUGCACAUGAGAAUUCACACUGGAGAGAAACCAUACCCCUGCAAACUGUGUGGGAAGGGUUUCAGACGAAAAGGAGAUCUUAAGACUCAUAUGAUAGUACACACUGGAGAGAGACCACACAUAUGUGUUCAGUGUGGAAAGUGUUUUACACAGAAAAAAAACCUUAAUGUGCACAUGAGAAUUCACACUGGAGAGAAGCCUUACACCUGCAAACAGUGUGGGAUGAGUUUCAUACGAAGUGCAGGUCUUAAGAGUCACAUGAGAGUUCAUACUGGAGUGAAGCCUUACACCUGCAAAGAGUGUGGAAAGGGUUUUACACAGAAAAAAAACCUCACUGUCCACAUGAGAAUUCACACUGGAGAGAAGACUUACACCUGCAAACAGUGUGGAAAGAGCUUCACAUGUCAAGAAAACUUUAAAACUCACAUGAGAGUUCAUUCAAGAGGCAAUAGUUUUGCAUGUCAUCGGUGCAAAAGAAGGUUCACGGACACAAAUCACCUUCAGGAUCAUGUUAAAAUUCACAUCGGAGAAAAGCCUUUCAUGUGCCAUUACUGUGGAAAGAGUUUAAAAAACAAUGUAAACCUUGAGAAUCACAUGAGAGUUCACACAGGAGAGAGAUCUUUCACCUGCCCUCAGUGUGGAAGGAGUUUCACCUCAAAAAGGAAUUUAGAGAUUCAUAAGAAUUCGCACAGGGGAGAGAUACAGAUUUCUAAGCAAACUGAAACAUAAUUUGACUAUUUCUGGUAAGAAAUCACAGUUUUACUCAGUGACAAGAGGUUUAAAAAAAAAAAGCGAUUUCUUGUACCCCAUUCUCAUUUCUUUAGAAAGGCACAGGAACGGUAUUACAUUAAAAGUAAUAUCCCAAUUUUGAAAUUUACAAAUCACCUGAAUAUCUUUGUCUUUGUAUGAAAUCUGAACUCAAAUUUUAAAGGUAUUGUUUCUAGAUUUGUUGAAUAUUUUAAGAGUUCCUCCUAUCCAACAUUUGAAGACGUCCUGGGAGAAAGACCUCAGUAUAGACAUUUCAAAAGACACUUAGACCGAGGCCCUUCAGGGAAUUAUGUUGUGUUCCAUCAGCUCUAACUUUCAGCUCAAUAGUGCCCAAACACCGAUGUGCGAGGACCCUCUUGGAAUUGCUUUUUUCAUCAUCUUGGUUUCCAAAUGGAAUCACACUUUAAAGCACCUAAACAUGCUCCAAUACUUUGCACACUGUUGAACUGGUGGAAAUUUACAUCUGUUAUGUGUUUCAGAAUUGAGAGAGGUAAAAUGGUUCAAAAGAACCACCUAUAAAAUUAUAACAAUGCGACCCUCCUGCUAUUUUUUAUAUGAGUGUAUGACAUUCAGUAAAUGCAUGUACUGUCCCUACACCUACAAAAUAAAAUUUUGGAGCUUAGUCAUAAACACAACAAAGCCAUUUUGCUAUUUUGAAUUUCCUCAGAUUUUUGUUCAGUUUUGUUUUGUCAGCCCUUAUAGCUUUAAUUGGAUCCAUCUUCAUUUGUUGAGUGUAAUCAUAAGGCCUUCGCAAUGUUAAAUUGCAAAGAUCUUGGGUUUUUGUCAAGCAGUGUGUACCUGGCAGCCUGACAAACUUGUUGGGUGCUAGGGCUAUUUCUAUGCAGCUUUAAUUCAAUAUUAACUUGAGCGCAAAUUGCAAUAUUAUCAUACCGGAGCAUGUUUCAUAAAACAAGUUUACCCAAUAAGCUAGGCUUAUUUCAGUUAGGCCUGGCUUAUUUGGUAAACUUGAUUUAUGAAAAGGGUCCCAGGUUACAUUCCAUAUAUCCCCCUUUGUCAACAUCAUGUGUUAAAUGCGUGACCAAUGAGGGAACAUUGGAUCAUGAUUUAUAGACUGUGCAAACUCAGCCAGUUCAGUAUGUGAUUUAUAAUAGUAAAGAAGACAGGACAUAUUCUGUUUGAGCUGUGCUAGAGCACAUAAUGUCUAACAAGGGGUAAUAAUUUAGCAGCUAUUGCAUAAUUGGUCAAUAAAUGGGACUGAAAAUGUAUUUUAUAUAUACCUUUUUCUCCCCAGUGUUUUUAAUUCUUUUUAUGCAUUUUAUGUGUGUAUCUAUAAAUUUAUAUAUGCAAUGUGAUCUUGUGAGAAUUUAUAUUUUAUGUAAAAUGUGGUUCUAUAAAACAAAAAUGUACUUAUGUUUGCACAGACACUAAAUUGUACAAAAUACUGACUUAUUAACAGCAUAAAAUGUACAGAAUAGACAUACACCUAAAAUGACAAAUGCUUACAUAUGAUCAAGAUUUCAGAUUUCAAAAUGGAUCUUCUUUUGAGGUUAAACAUUUUCAGAAAACACACUUUCCUGUCUGAAAUAAUCCUUUAGAAAAUAAAUAAUUUUUGUUUGUUUUAUUUGACAAAGUUUAAAACAUAAUACAAAAGUCCAAAAAGACAAAUUCAUACUCUGGUCAUUCUCACGAAACUGUUGAAAUGCCAUGGCACGAAUUAUUUUAAAUAUUUAACGUGCAAUUUUGUUAUUCACAAAAACAUCAUAAUAAAGACAAUAGUGUUCUCUA